AGUAAUCUGAGUGGCGUCCUUUUCAUCGUAGUUAAUAAGUUAUUUUUCUUAUCGAAUCAAAUCCGCAAAUCCAGUCCACUACGAAAUAUAAGUAUGUUUUGAUCUCGUGUGUUUUUUCUUAAUAAAUUGUAUAAAUGAAUCUCUGCUUCGAAUAGAUACGUCGUAUUUAUCUUUAUAAUAUAUACUUACUAUGAUUCUGUGGAUAACUCAAUCCUUGAACAAUCAAUAUGGGUGAGUUUACUUCAUCCGAUUGUUCCUGGAAAAAAAUGGUGAUAGCCAAAACAAACAACAAAUGGAUAUCUACUAUCAGAACGGACGCUUCAAAUUCGGAGGACCUUCUAAAUACUAAUAAUUUCAGUGUAGGAGACGAACAAAUGUCUCGAAGAUCGGUAAAAACUGAACAAGAAGAUCGAAAUGUAGAGCCAGAUGUUCAGGCCUCUAAUGUAGAACCGGAAUCAAUGUUACAAGAAGUGGAUCCACUUUCAAUUCCAGCACCACUAAUGAGAAGGCGUAGAAAAGGUUCAGUACCUAAAAAUGAGACACCAGAUGAGAGAUCAGCUAGACUGGCUAAGAUGUCUGCUUACGCCGCCCAGAGGCUUGCUAACGAAUCACCGGAACAACGUGCCUUGAGGUUGAGACGAAUGUCUGAAUAUGCAGCCAAGAGAUUGGCACAAGAAACAAGAGAACAAAGAGCCAAGCGGUUGGCUCGCAUGUCAGCAUAUGCAGCUAGGAGGCUCGCAGAGGAAACUCCCGAACAGAGACAAGCAAGAUUAGCUAGGAUGUCAGCGUACGCUGCCAGGAGGCAGGUUGUGAAAAAAAUAAUUCAUCCCAGCAGUAGUGUUGGCAUAGGUCCAAUAAAUUACAAUAUAUCUGAUGUUACACAAGACCAAAGUUGAAAUUACAUCUCAAGAAGUUUUAAAUGAAUGAAUAGUAAUAAUUAUUAUAGAUAAUUAAUAAUUAAGCUUUUCUACAGAGUUAACAUAAAAUAUACAUAAUAGAUAUAGGUAUUUUUACACUUUUUUUGUUUACAUAAAUGCUUAAAUUUAGAAUCUUAUAUUAAUUUUAUCUUAGUUUGUAUUUAUUAAUAAUAUUUAACAGUCAAUAAGCCUCUGUUUUCUGUAAAUAAUAUUAUUUUUA